AUGCAACUGUGGUACAGACUCAUUAUUGUCGCCAUUGCUGCCCUGGUUCUAUCCACUACUGCUCUUACAACCGCAUCAUCGGCGACAGUCACCUCUAGCGACAAAAUUACGUACCUCGCUCCAGUGUACGAAUCUUGCCCACCGAACAGCUCAACAUGUGGCACGGUAGAUGGCCAAUACACAGUCAUGUUACGCAAAGGAUAUAAACCAUCAUCUCACCUCAUUUACAUUUCUGAGACCCUCCGCAUCGACCCUGUCGAGGAAUGGCAAUUAGAGUGGCUCAACGAGCAAUUCUAUCUCGCCAGUAAUGUCUCGACAGACUCGCUUUACCUGCUUCGUCAGGAUCCGGGUGUGGAGAGUAUCGAAGAGGGAUCUUGGUUUGAGAUGGUCGAGGUUGAUCGUUGUCAGGAUCCAGCGCUCUCUGAAGAGGAGAAGAACCGAUGUUAUGAUGCGGACCCGUUUGAUGUAUGCAAGAAAGAGGUCCUUUCAGAGGAUGAGAUGUGGAUUUGUGGCAAGAUGCCAGGAAGUGAUAGCUCAGGCGCUUCAGCAUUCGAAGAGCGGGAGGAACUUUGA